AUGUCUCUCCAGAUCAUCUCUGCGAUACAAAUCGCUUACGAACCCUCCUCCGACCCUGCUCUCAAACGACAGGCCUUCGACUAUGUAAACCAGUUGAGGCAAGAGCCUUCAGCAUGGCAGCCAUGUCUGGCCAUCUCGUUUCAGUAUCCUCGACAGCCGGUGGUUAUCAGAGUCUUCUGCCUCGAAAUCGUCAACAAUGCCGUCCAAGCAGGCUUGGUCAACCCCGAAGGCCUAAAGGUCAUCAAGGAGGAGCUCAUGACAUAUCUGCAGAAGUUCUACACUGGCACUGGGCAAGAUUCUACUCCUGAUCCUGGAACAAUUGUGAACAAGUUUGCGCAGACCAUCACAUUUCUCUUCUCUGCCUUUUAUGGCGCUGGUUGGGAGACCUGUUUUGAUGAUCUGUUGGCUCUGACUACAAGCCAGUCAGGCUCCAGAAACAACUAUCCCGGGGUCAUCUUCUAUCUCACGGUGCUGAACUCUGUCCAUGACGAAAUUGGGGACCAACUACUUUCCAGGUCUCGUGCUGAGCAGGACCGGGCCAAUACGUUGAAGGAUCUGAUCCGCCAGCGAGAUGUACAGAAAAUUGCACGUUCAUGGGAGGAGAUCUUGACACAAUGGGGGACUUCCAAUGAUGUUGUAGCAGAAUUGUGCCUAAAAGCUGUGGGCAAAUGGGUCAGCUGGGUCGAUAUCUCCUUCGUCGUCAAUCAACAGAUGCUUGAGCUGCUAUUCCAACAGCUGGAACGAGCUCAGAAGAUCAACCCACGGCAAGGCGAAGAGCAGGCCCGAGAUGCUGCCAUCGACGUGUUCACCGAAACGAUCGCGAAGAAGAUGCCCCCUGCUGACAAGAUUAACGUCAUCACCUUUUUCAACCUUGAAACAGUCGUCUCAAGGCUAGUCUCCUGUCCGCCGUUAAGCGAUAGCAGAGCAUCAAACUACGAUGUCGACCUGGCCGAGACCGUCGCGAAACUGGUCAACACUACGGUGGUUGACAUAGUCAAGAUCCUGGAAACCGAGAACCAAACCUCUCCAUCCUGGGCGAACGCUGAGCAGCUCCUGGUGGCAUUCCUCCCACACCUUCUAAGGUUCUUUUCGGACAUCUUCGACGAGGUUUGUUCCACCGUGCUCAACGCCAUGAACGACGUUCUUGCAUUCCUCCGGCGCACCAGCCAGGGCGAGGCGGCUUCAGCUCAAAGAGCAGCAAUGCUCUUACCAAUUCUGAAAGCCAUCUUCGCAAAAAUGCGCUACGACGACACCGCUGAUUGGGGCCAAGAGGACGAACAAACCGACGAGGCCGAAUUCCAGGACUUGAGAAAACGAUUGGCCUCUUUGCAAGGUGCCAUCGCGGCCGCGGACGAGCAACUCUACAUUGAAGCGAUCUCGACCCUCGUGCACGACACGUUCCAGAGACUGAGGUUGGAGGGGUCCCAGCUAAAUUGGCGGGACCUGGACCUCGCACUGCAUGAGGUCUACUUAAUGGGCGACCUAGCUGUCAAAGGAGGUGGUCUGUACCAGAAGAACAAACCCAACUCUCCUGCUGCUGAAAAACUGAUUCGCAUGAUGCUCGAAAUGGUGCAGUCUAAUACCGGCUCAUUCAACCAUCCCGCGAUACAGCUACAGUAUAUGGAAACCUGUGUCAGAUACAGCACCUUCUUUGAAAAGCACACCGAUUAUAUCCAGCCGGUGCUGCAGAACUUCCUGCAACUGACACACCAUCCAAGUUUGAAGGUCAAGGCGCGAUCGUGGUAUUUGAUUCAGCGCCUUAUCCGAUAUCUCCGGAUGCAGAUUGGGGAAGCUGCUGGAGUCGUCGUCCAGAGCCUCCAGGACCUGCUCGUCGUCCGCGCUGAGUUGCCGAAUGAAACAGAGGGCGACGACAUGUCCUCCGAUGGUGAUUCUACUACCGAUUCGACCUUCACUAGUCAACUCUACUUGUUCGAAGCUGUGGGUUGUGUUUGUGGCUCAACUUCCGUCCCGGCCGAGAAACAGGUUCAGUAUGUACAGGCGAUUAUGCAACCAAUCUUCUCCGACAUCGAGCGCAAUCUAGAAGCUGCGAGGACCGGGAACGAGCUUGCCAACCUCCAAGUCCAUCACGACAUCAUGGCUUUGGGCACUCUGGCUAAGGGCUUUUCCGAGUUCUCUCCUGGAACCAGUUCACAAGCCAGCGGGCCUGAGCCGACACCACAGGCAAAACAGGCAUUUGCGCAAGUGGCGGAAGUCACACUCGUUUCUCUGACCGCUCUCAAGUCGUCCUUCCAGAUUAGAACGGCCGCGAGAUUUGCCUUCUCUCGGCUGAUAGGAAUGGUCGGCACUCAGAUGAUGCAGCAGCUACCUCAAUGGGUGGAAGGACUCUUGACCGAGUCUUCUUCUAGGGACGAAAUGGCACUGUUUCUUCGACUUUUGGACCAGAUUAUUUUCGGGUUCAAAAAGGAUAUCUAUAACUUCCUGGACCAACUGUUUUCUGGACUACUUCAACGCGUCUUUGCUGGUAUAGCAGCAGCAACAUCCGGCACUGACGACGAGAUUGAACUGGCCGAGUUGAAACGAGAGUACCUCAACUUCUUGCUGGUCAUACUUGGAAAUGACCUGGGCGCUGUCUUGGUCAGCGCGACCAAUCAACCGAUCUUUGAAUCCGUGAUUAACUCGGUCGAGCAUCUCGCCAGAGAUGUGGAAGACUUUCCCACCGCAAAGAUGGCUUUCAUAGUUCUUUCACGGAUGUGCAAUGUCUGGGGUGGACCAGAUGUGGUUUCUGCCAAUGGUCAAGCCAACGGCGACACACCAGCACCGCAACCCGCUCUUCCCGGAUUCGAUCAGUUCAUGAUUACCCGGUUUUCGCCUCUAUGUUGGGCAUUGCCGACCAAUCCUUCCUUCAACACCAAAGAUGCACAGACUCGGCAAGCCCUCGCUGAGGCAGCAGGGCUGCAAAAGACCAUCUACCUCAAGACUGGGCAACAAUACCUGACCUGGCUGCAAGAAAAAGAGCUGAGGACGAUGGGUAUGAAUGACACUCUGAUCAACGAAUAUUUGCAGAAGCUGGCGACCAUGGAACUGAAAGGGUUCAAGACAUUUUUCCCAAAAUUCGUCGCUCAGGGCGGUCAGAUCUGA